GACCCGUAAAAUACAACUCUCACUCUCACCACCAUGUCGAUGCUCGUCCGUCGCUCCUUGCGUGCUAUUCCACGCGCCCGUGGUUUUGCUACUACCGCUGGUGAUGUUACCAAGACUAGCUACCAGGAGAAGCAGGCUGCCUUAAGGGCUCAUGCUGCUGAAACCGCCGAUAUGUGGCGCAAGAUUAGCUUCUACGUUUGCCUUCCUGCUAUCAUCACUGCCGCCUUCUGGGUCCGCAAUGUUGAGAAGGAACACGAGGAGCACUUGGAGCAUGCCAUCCAUGAGAAUAAGGGCAAAGCCCCUCUGCCUCCUGCGUACGAGUACUUGAACCGCCGAGCGAUUGAAUAUCCUUGGGGCCCGAACUCUUUGUUCUUCAAUCCUCGCGUCCAGAAGGACUUGUCGAACCCGGAUGCAUAGACAAUUCAAUAAAUGCAAUGUCCUUUUUCAACCUGGAGAUUGCUCUAUAAUAUCAUGUUCCUUCUCAGUAUCGUUGCAAGAUCAUGCAGCAUGUGUGAGACACCUGGACAAGUAAAUGUGCAUUUGGACAGUGCUAGGGAUCAUGAGUCCAUUAGGAUCGAUAAGUAAAUGAUUACAACGAAGAUUGAAUAAUGAUAAAGCUACGAAUAAAGAUAAAGUCCGUAGCCUU